UCGCAUACAAUCUUAUUGAUACAACCAUCUCCGAAAAACGAAAGUCGUACGUACUCGGAUUACAAUUCUUUGAAGGAAUGUUUGGAAGCUAUUUGUAAGAUGUUUGAAGAACAUUUAAAGAAAUUGAAUCCUUCUAAGCCGUCCAUAACUUACGAUAUCAGCAAUUUGUUUGACUUCAUUGAUGACUUCCCUGACCUCACCUGUUUAGUGCUGCAGAAGAAUGCUUACGCUUACUCACCGUUGAAUAAGGAUUCGAUUAAGGAGAAGAUAUAUGACAUGUUAAGAAGUCAAGCAGGACGAUAA